AUGAAAGGACGCGACGGCCUCAGCACUGGUUCCUGUGCCCCAAACGACGUCUUCUGUUCGGUGCCAGGUCGGCUGUCUCUUCUCUCUUCUACGAGUAAAUACAAAGUGACAGUUGCUGAGGUUCAACGGAGGCUGUCACCGCCCGAAUGUUUAAACGCGUCCUUGUUGGGGGGUGUUUUGAGAAGAGCAAAAAGCAAAAAUGGCGGCCGGUUACUAAGGGAAAAAUUAGAAAAAAUUGGCCUCAACCUACCCGCGGGGAGACGGAAAGCCGCGAACGUAACACUGCUUACUUCCUUAGUAGAAGCGGAAGCAGUGCACUUAGCCCGUGACUUCGGCUACGUAUGUGAAACCGAAUUUCCUGCGCGAGCGCUUGCCGAAUAUCUAGCAAGACAAUACGCUGAACAUGACGCAAGACGGCGGCGGGAUCUCUUGCAAGCCACGAAACAGGUGGUAAAAGAAGUAAUGGAUCUCCUGAAUCAGGAUAGAUCGCCACUUUGCAAUACGCGACCGCCACACCUGCUCGAGCCAGCGAUACAGCGACACCUAACGCAUUUCUCGCUAAUAUCGCAUGGCUUUGGUGGACCAGCGAUCGUGGCUGCACUCACUGCCAUACAGAAUUUCCUGAACGAGUCGUUAAAGCAUUUAGACAAAUUGUACCCUCAAAGCGGUAUGGUGUCUUCGUCGUUAGAUAAGACUAAAAUGGAUCCGGACAUCAAGAAGUAG